AUGAAAUUAGCUUGUGAUCUUGGUGGCUCGCAAUACCAUUUUCGAAUUCUGAAAAUGUCGUUUUUAAGAGAUUGUUUCGUUGCUUUUCUUGCUUGUGUUGUUGUUUACGAACCCUGUGUUCGAGCAUGGAGCAAAGAGGGUCAUGCCAUGACUUGCAAAAUUGCCCAGGACCUGCUGGAACCAGAGGCGAACCACGCCGUCCAAAUGCUGCUGCCCGACUACGCGAAGGGAGAUCUCUCGUCACUCUGCGUUUGGCCCGACCAAGUAAGGCACUGGUACAAGUACCGCUGGACAAGCCCUCUCCACUUCAUAGACACGCCAGACCAAGCCUGCAACUUUAAGUAUCAAAGGGAUUGCCAUGAUGCAAAGGGUGUCAAGGACAUGUGCGUCGCAGGCGCCAUCCGCAACUUCACCGAGCAACUCUCACACUACCAUCAUGGCUCCUCUGACCGGCGCUAUAACAUGACAGAGGCCUUGUUGUUUUUAGCACACUUCAUGGGAGACAUCCAUCAGCCGAUGCAUGUCGGGUUCACGAGCGACGAAGGAGGGAACACCGUGGAGCUGCGCUGGUUCAGACACAAGUCGAAUUUGCACCAUGUGUGGGACAGAGAGAUAAUUCUUACAGCCGCCGCAGACUAUUAUGGAAAGGACAUCAACCUCCUUCAACAACACAUUCAAGGAAACUUCUCUCAUGGAAUCUGGUCCAGUGAUCUUGCCACCUGGAAGGAAUGUAGUCACAUUUCUUCUUGUGUCAACAAGUAUGCUGCUGAGAGUUUGGACAUGGCUUGCAAAUGGGGAUACAAAGGUGUUGAGUCAGGGGAGACUCUUUCGGAUGAUUACUUCAACUCAAGAUUGCCCAUAGUUAUGAAGCGGAUAGCUCAGGGCGGAGUCCGGCUAGCAAUGAUAUUGAACCGGGUUUUUGCCGGUGAUAGCCUAGAGAUGGAGGAGACUCUUGUUGCAGCUUGAUUACUUAACUUUUAACAAAUUAACUUCCUUCACUUUUGCAUUAUUUUUUUUAUGUAUAUCAUCUAACAUAAUUUAUUUUUCUAUUUCAAGAUUUGUAUAUUCAGCUGUUAUUCCGAAAUAUAUGAAUAGAUAAUUGCCUCGGA